CUUUGUCACAGUUGGCGUGGCCCCCUCAAGUCAUAAGAUAGACACAUCCAUCUCCCCGGCUUUUCAUAGGUCGAUCGAUCAAACUUCAAAGAACAGCACUUUCUUCCCUCGAAUCAAAGUUUGCGCCCACCACAGACUGAUCUGUAAAGAGAGAAACUUUAUUUCUUUUUCCCGGAUGGAAAAUGAGCCUUUUCUCUCUUCCCAAACACGGCCCCAACUCCAGCCCAUCCUGGAAGAUCGUGAUGUCUCCUCCUCCUUCAUAAUUCCUCACUCCCAAGACCCAACAUCCUCAUCCACAUCUCAAUUAGAUGCCCCGAAUACCCACGUGAAGAGACCGGGUAGCCUGCACCGGUGUAAGACAGCUCCAGCCAUGGCCGUCAUGCGAGACCUCAAAUCAAAGACACCUCAGAUUCCCAAACCACAGUCCGACUCCAGCUCCAUCAUCAGGCAAGCAAUUUUCUUGCUUUUGAUAUAUCUGUCUCUUGGAGUUUUGAUUUACACUUUCAAUACAGACCACUUCUCGGGUGUAGAAACUCACCCUGUUGUUGAUGCGCUUUAUUUUUGUAUUGUCACUAUGUGUACCAUUGGUUACGGUGACAUAGCUCCGCGAACAACAGCUACAAAGGUCUUUGCUUGUGUGUUUGUGUUGGUGGGUUUUGGUUUCAUAGAUAUAUUGCUUAGUGGGGUUGUGAAUUAUGUACUAGACUUGCAAGAGAACAUGAUCUUGGCUGGGAUUCAAAUGGGCAGGCCCCAACAUGGCUUUUCUGCCAGGGACUAUAUAUUUGAUGCGGCAAAGGGUAGGAUGAGAAUCAGACUCAAGGUCGGAUUGGCCCUUGGUGUAGUGGUGUUGUGUAUUGGGAUGGGAACAUUGGUGCUGUAUUUUGUGGAGGAUUUGGAUUGGAUUGAUUCGGUUUAUUUAUCGGUUAUGUCGGUUACAACGGUUGGGUAUGGGGAUCGGGCGUUCAAGACGCUGCCCGGGAGGUUGUUUGCCUCCAUUUGGCUUCUGUUUUCAACGCUGAUGGUAGCACGGGCAUUUCUGUAUUUGGCGGAGGCGAGAAUCGACAAGAGGCACCGGAGAAUUGCCAGCUGGGUGUUGCAAAGGGAUAUAACAGUUGAGGAUUUGCUUGCUGCCGACGUCAAUAACAAUGGCUUCAUUAGUAAAUCCGAGUACGUAAUUUACAAGCUCAAAGAGAUGGGAAAGAUAGGGGAGAAAGAUGUACUGCAGAUCUGCGAUCAUUUCAGUAAGCUUGAUCCCAACAACUCCGGGAAGAUUACACUGCCUUAUCUUCUGCAGAAUCGCUUGUGACGACAAGGAAAAUGAAGUUUGUUUCAUAUCUUCAAAUAGAAGAAACGGGAUUCUUUCUCAUUCUGGGAGAAGGGGUGAAAUUGCAGGAGGGAGAUCGGUGUAUGUUUCCAUGCCUUGCACAGAUGGUAGUGGAUUAUUAUUGGGUCAAGCAAGCUUUUACACGAGGAACUGUACAUUCAUUUAAGUGUAUAGAUCUUGUCAUUUUUAUUCUCUUGUUCUUUGAUCGUGUAGGGGUUCCGAUUCACAAAGGAACGAUGAAAAGGUCAAGAAAAUGGGAUAAAUUCCCCUUCUGUGGUUUGCUCGCUUAUUUACUCUAGAGAUCUAACCUAUGGAGGUUUGAGUUGUAUGAUGUAAAUUUGACACUAAUGAUUCCAAAAUUAAACAAGGAAGUCGAAUAAUGUGAUGCAUAUACUUCUAACUA